GGUGAAAAAUCCCCCUAAAAACAUAAACGCUUGUGCAGUUCUGCUGUUCAGAACGGCGGGGUUCCAGCCCAGAAGUGGCUGCCUGUCAGAGCCGGGCAGACACAGUCAGGGCUGUACAGCACUUCGUGGUGGGUCAGGCGAGAGAGGUGAUGGAAAUGGAAGGAUUACUACCAGCCGCUCCCUCCCCUGGGUCUGGGCUGGGGAUGGUGUCGUCUCUUCAUUUGGGGUGUUGCUUUCAAGGCUCCUCCCAGUACAAAACACAGCCCCAGAGCUGCCAGCCCCUGGAGCGGCUGAGGGGGACUCACGGAAGCCGCCCUGCAGCAGCCCAGGCUGAGAUGCGGUUCCUCGUGUGUGUCUCCCUCCUGCAGCUCCCGCUCCCGGGCAGCUGCCUGGGCAGGGGCCGGUGUCUGAAGCGGGUCGGCGAGUUCUCCGUGCUGCAGCAGCCCCCGCGGGCGGUGAAGGAAGCCGGAGCCUCUGUAGAGAUGAACUGCACCCUGGCACUGCCCCCGGGACACCCCAGACCCAGCAGCGUCCUCGUCACCUGGCACAGGGGGCAGAGAGGGGACGGCCUGAGGGGCACGGGGAAGCUCUCCGAGGUGGAGGAGCUGCGAGGGCGGGUGGAGACGGCGUGGCUGGAGAGCAUCUCUGCCAGCACCCUGCACAUCCACUCCCUGCAGCCCAACGACUCGGCCGUCUACCUGUGCCUCCUCCUCGUCUUCCCCUCGGCCCAGCCCUGCGCCCUGGAGGGGACCGGGACCCGCCUGACGGUGACAGGUUUCUCUGCUCAGGGGAACAGGACCCAGAUCAGCUCAGCACACAGGGAGCUGCCUGAGCAUCACUGGACCAUCCGGCUGCUGGCGCUGGGAGCGGGAAUCGUUCUCACGGCUGCCGUUGUGCGUUGCCUGCCCAGGAGGAGGGGAGGUGAGAGGCAGGAACAAAACCCCUCCUGCAGCUACCGUUGUGAAGCGGCCACCCGAAGUGUUCCAGGUCAGGGCAUCUCCCUGCGCUUCCCAUCCAGUCACACCUCCGGCAGGGACCCCCGAAUGAAGCUGGAGAAACCAUUUCACAGACCAGGACUCCGGAGAACAACCAGAGCAAACUCCUGCACGGCGGCCAGCUCGGAACACGCCCGGGUGGCAGUAGAUCGUGCGCGGGAAUCGGAGCAUCUUCCAGCUCAGCUCCUGCCCCCACCCCCUUCGUGCCAGCAGCAAAGAGCUCUCCUUUGCAAACUCCCCUUUUCACGUGCUUCUGACUGCUCCAGAAUCCUUUACCGGGGGGCCGGCAGAGGCUACGGGACUACCCUGCUGCCCCUUGCAGCACGGCUGCCUUCGGCUAGGGAGGACGGGGGAGAAGCCUCACCAUUUCGUUCUUGCUCCUCUGCCGACAGUCCGUGCGGCACUCACCUCACUGACCUCCUCUGGGCCCUCGGCAACCUUCGCCAUUCGCAUCGGGGCCAGCGGCUUCCUGCCACUCUCCUGCCACGCAGCGCUGCUUCUGCUCCUGCUUCGUGGGGAGAGACCACAGCCACAGCAGAGAACGGCUCUUUGAUGGCUCUGAAUCGUGUACGCUUUGGUCCAGGUUUUAUUUUUUGUAAACUCUAUAAUAAACUCUGUAUUUUUAACAGUGGGCAUCAAACGAAUACAUUUGAUUUCAACUCUCAGUUCAGUACCAUGCCUGGCUGUUCUCAUUCUUAUAAAAGCCACCAGUAAAAGCAUGCAAGGUAAGGAAAGUGCUGUAUCGUCCCCAAGAUAAAUAGUCCUGUCAAGGCUGAGACUAUGUACUAGCAUGUCUUAGUCACUGAAAUAUCAACAAACCUUGCCGGGAUGCUGUAAUUGUCCCAAAACCAAGCAAUAAAAACUCGGGAAAUUCAGAGUUCAAGUUACACUUAAAAGAAAUCAGAAUCUGUUCAGGUAUGUCAGUGCCCAGCUGAGGCACCCAAACAGCCGUAACCGGGCCAAGCAGUGGCAUACAAUCGCUACACGAUUAUUAUUAUUAUUAUGGUCAGAAAAGGGAAUUUCCAUCCUGUGGCUAUUUCAACAUUUAUUUUCAUCCCAAUUUG